AUGCCGAGAAAGUUGGAUAAUGUUUCUCGCAUGGUGCGAGGUCACAUUGGGAUGUCCAUGAACCGGCUCAAUUUAUUCAACCUCCAAAGGAAGGUUCCUUUGAAUUAUGUUGGGAAAACUCUUUAUCAACAGAAAUGGGCUGCUAAAUCAGAAACCAGAGCAUAUCAUGGAGAACAUUUGAAGGAAAAGAGGUUUAAAAAAGUUUUAUUUGAACCCGAAUUAAAGACUUAUUCACAGCUUGAUUCGUCGCUAAAGUCUCAAGAAAUCGCACCUACGCCCAUCACCUUGCAAACAUAUGCCACAUUGGAGAAGAGGCUUGAAUUUGCUUUAUUCAGAAGUAUGUUUGCUUCAUCGGUUAGGCAGGCAAGACAAUUUAUUAUGGGAGGAUAUGUAAAGGUUAAUGGAGUGGUGAUAAAGCACCCAUCCUUCCCGUUGAAGAGUGGGGAUGUUUUUUCAGUUGAUCCUGAGAGAGUCCUAUAUGCUUUGGGCAAGACAAAACCAAGCUUGAGUAAAGCAAUAGAUACUGACAAUAAACAAAUAAGAUAUUGGAAUCAUUACGUCAAAGUGGCUAAGAAAAAUCCUCAAAAAGUGUGGGAAAUGCAACAAAACAAGCCCGAGUCUUUAAAUUCCAUCGCCAACAUUGAAGCAAGGAAGAGACUACAAGAUAAACAACAUAAUGGUGAAAGCUUGAUGAAAGCACAACAACAAAAUGUUAGUAGAAAGUCCAUAUUGAGUGAUAUUAUCAAAUUGGGUAACGCAGCAAGUGCGAAUAUUGGUUUAAAUACUUUUGAGAAAUAUGGAGAAAAGCUCGCUAGGGGAAAGUGUUUGCAAGUUUAUGAAUCCUUGGCCCUGCAAAAGUCAAAUCUUUUGGAUGAUCACUCUCCGAAAUCCUUAGACAUUUAUUUUUCAAAGGAUACAGAGAGAACACCAGAGGAGAAGACCCUGUUGAGACAUGUGAACAAUUUGUUAAGAGAAUUGGAAAAAAGCGAAUGGGAGAGAAUACGUUUGGAAUUCGAAAACUUGGGCACUGGAGCUACAUUUUAUGAUCCAUCUUAUGCUGAAAAAUUAAACUUUAUAAAGUCUUUAAAUAAGGAAGAAAUUUUGGAAGAUGAGACAAAAGCAAAGGUUUUGUUGCCAUGGCAAAGACAUUUAUUUGGUCGUCAGGAUGCUUCGAAACCUUAUUUUACUCCAUGGACACCCAGACCUUUCCUCGGAGCGUUUGCAAUCUUACCAUCACAUAUUGAAAUUUCGUUUGACACCUGUCAUGCUGUUUAUUUAAGAGACCCUGUUGCAAGACCGGGCCAUUCUGAAGUCAUUUCUCCAUUCCCAGAACACGUUCAUGAAAGAGCCUACAUGUAUUACAUCAAAAAGGGGAUGUCUUAG